UAAUCACAGGGCUACAAAGCUUCUCACAUAAGAGAGGACAGGAUGUGAGAGGGACUGGAACUGCAAAGCUGUGGAACGGGUGACCGGGACCGUUUUUUGCACAGCGAAUUCUAGUUUGUUUGAGUAUGUUUGUUCUGGUUGAAAAUCCUCACUGCUGCACAAAUGCAUACAUCUUCACCAAGUGCUUAAGAUUUUGCAUGUCUACUAUUAAAGUAUUUGAAUGUUUUUUAUGUUAAUAGGAAUACGCGUAUCUCUUUCAAGAGGUCCCAUCUAAAAUGACCAACGUAAGACAAAUGUCUUAAGAAAUAAGGAGAGCGAGCACUGUGGAUUAAGAGCUUGUAAAUGAAUUAACAAACUCAUCCUCCAGUGCCUGUUAGAGGUAGGAGAUUGCAGGACAGUCAGUCUGCAUGGGGUUUGAAAGAAGUGGGAGUGGAUGUCUGCUGCCCUGAUCUAGGGCAGCCAGGCCCGGUUCUGCAGCACUCCUUUCAAUCACAGCUGGGUAGAAAAAGGAAAAUGCAUCUGGGAACGCUGCCCAAAUAAACGAUGUAAAGAAGGGUAAAGAAAACCAGUUGAUUCCCAGUGCAGUGUAUCAGCUAUGAAUUUACAAACCUUUAGUGGCUGGUUUUGGCCAAGCAGCAGUGGAAGGUGUCAGGACCUCUCCUGAAAUGAAAGCUAGGUGAUAAGAUGAACUUCGUGCUUGAAUGUUCAGCUGUUUUCCCAAAGAUUAUUACAAAUUUCUACAGCAAGUGAUAUUUCCAACUGGCAGUGUCUGCAAUCUGUGUUUCCACUAACAGAAAUAUAUAAAAUAUUCCUCUUCUUCCCCCCUUCCGGUAGCCUUUUGUCCUUCAGUUAACUUCAUAGAAGUGAGCGGUGUUGUGCAAGAAGACUGUCUCUUCAGGUUUCCACUGAAAUGUCACAACAUCCAAGCUUCUUAUUUUUAACUUUGGGUGAAUUGGUAUUGCAUCAAGAAACGUCUGGUCAUUUUUCUUUAUAUAGCCUUUGAAUUUUGUCAGGCAGCUCAAUGGUGAAGGAUGCUUGGGAAUAUUUGCAAACUUAGUUUGAAUUCUGUAGUAAUUUGGGGUGAGAUUAAACAUCUUUUUUUUAGGAUGUGCUGCCAGUGGCUUGCAUUUUGCUGGGUGAGCCAUCCAGACCCAGUGAAAUCUUACAAAUCGGGAGAUUUGUACGCUUUUACUGCAUGUAGUUUUUAAACAAAGGUGAUGACACUCCUCUUCCAGAAGUCUUCGUGCAGACACCAACAUCUGUUUGUUUGAAAGUUUGGGCAUGUGGUGCUCUGGGACCCACUUGUGACAUGCACCACGUUUCCAAAGAGCCAUGCUAAGUUAAGCUGUUCAGCAACUCCGGUCUGAAGGCGCGUAGGCCGCUUCAAUGCAGACAAAAGUCACUGAUCUGCUGCGAUUAUAAAGCGUAAGUCAGCUGCUCAGACUGCUUUCUGGGCUUGUUUUCUCUCCCGCAUAGAAAUGCUCUGCUCUUACUGCUGUGUUACUCGGAACUACUGUGUAGGCAUUUCUGCAGAUGUACCAGAGAUAGCUUUAAUACCAAGCAGAAACUUGUUCCCACAAGCAAAUUCUGAUUUUUCAUUUCCUUUGAGCACCAGCAGACUGUACCCAGGCCCAAGGGGACCUUCCUGUGACUUGUCCCUUCUUGUGGGGUCCUGUAGACCUCACUUUACAAAUACAGGAGGAAUUUAUACCCAUGAAUUAUUCGUAUCAAUAAAUUUUUAGAAAACUCGGUGGGACUUAGCUCUGUUAGAUCACCUGCUUGUGCAGCUGCCCCUAGGGCACACGUGUAUGGCUCCUGUAACAGCACAAACACUUCAUGUGGGGUCAUUUCAAAGCCCCUCCUGUAGGAAGGGGGCUUUUUUUCUUCUCCAGACACAAACCUGCAAGCCUUCCCCACACCAACAACCACUGGGACCAACAGCCCCACUGGGCCCUUUGGCUCCCUUGCCAAAGUGCCUCAACCUUGUGCAUGUCCUGUGACUGCACUGGGUCCAUUGUGUAUCUACGAAAAUGGUUCUGGGGCUCAGUCCUCCAGGGUCCGAGAAGCUCUGGGGAAGGUGAAGGCAGUGCAGGAGACAGAGGCAGGAGGUGCUCUGCGGCACGGCGGGGAGAAGUGCUGUCCCCCAGGGCAGUCCUGGUCAGGCUUUCAGCAAUGCUGACCUCAGUCUGACUCCUGGACUCCAGGCAGGGCGCUUCUCCUCCCAUCAGCAUGAACUGUCAACCAGAUCUUCCUGGAAGGAUGGUCUAUAUUUACUCCAUUUGCACCCUGCAACUUCAUCUUCACCUAAGCUGAAUGACUCAGACUUCGGGUGAAACGAAAAGAAUAGGGAAGUGGCCGAUUUAUGAAGGUACCUGGGGUUGAUGACGGACUGCACGGCAGCGUGGGGGCACGUUCCCUGGCAGGGACGUGCGUUUGUCCCCGUGAGCUGCGCGUAUGCGGUGCUGUACACACGCACACCGUAAAAAGGAUGUCGCUGAGUAUCUGCGGGGGCACACAGCUAUUCACUUCCUUCAGAGCACAGGGAGAAGAUAACGCUUCAGUUGCAACGUAGGAAGAGUGUUUAGAAGGAUAAAAGCGGCAUUGUUCGGGCUGCUAAAACGUUCCCGGCAGAGCGUUCGAACAGAGAGAGUUCUGUCCCGGCAACUGCAUUUUCUGCACUCAUUGUCUUGCUUCGCCUUUACAAUAAACGUGCGGCAUUUCCUUAUUAUUUAAAGGAACCGGGCGAGUAGCGAAAGUGAAAAUCGCUUUAUCCCAGCCCCGAUGCCUUGUCCUCAACCCAAUGAACCCCGCCUUGCGCUCCUACCGAUUCUCCGAAGGUCGUGCCGCUUUGGAAAGCCGAUGUCGCACGUGUUCCGCGGCCAGGAGUGCGCGGGGAGCCACGAAGAAGAUGAUAAGAAGGUAAGGAGGAGAGAAAAGAACCGAGUUGCCGCACAGAGAAGUCGGAAGAAGCAAACGCAGAAAGCAGACAAACUUCACGAGGAAUAUGAAUCUCUUGAGCAAGAAAAUACCUCCCUGAAAAAAGAAAUCGGAAAGCUAACAGAUGAAAUGAAACACUUGAGUGAAGUGUUGAAGGACCACGAAAAGAUCUGUCCGCUAUUGCACUGCACCAUGAACUUUGUGACCGUACCAAGGCCUGAUGCACUCAGCAGCUGCCUACCCAGAUGAGACAUCCCCUCGACUGUUGUUAAGUGUGAUGUGUGAAAGUGCCAGUAAAAUGGGAGAUUCGAAGAACUGCCUGCUUAAGGUGCAGGUCUGCCUUUGAAGAGGGUUGGACUUGCCCACACAGCUCUUCUCCACGUGUGUCAGUUUUCUGAAUCUCAGAAAAACAUCAGUAUAGGAAAAAAGACAACUUGAACUACAGCUCCUUUCUUUGGUAGAAUCUCCGAGCCAUGGUUUUGCGGUCAGAAAUAUCAUGGUGCAAUGCACCCUACCAUCGCACAAUGGAAUGUAGACAGGGAAAAAUACCAGCCUUGGGCUGAGAUGCCUUUCUCCCACACGCUCACCACUAGCAACCCUUUGUCAGUUGUCAUCCUUUCGUAUCAGAUUCUGGCUGCUGUUUUGUUUUUUGGUGUUUUUUUUUCCUCUAAACAGAUUUGGCUAAUAAAAACAAUAGUGAUAUUCUAUCUUGAUGGUGUUCCCCACCUUCUUCAAUAUCUAGUGUCCUUAUAACAUCUCUCCUCUUUGUUUACUGGUCAAAUCCAAAGUCUAAUGGUAAUCUUCCUGUCAGUAUUGUUUGCUUAGCACUGCUUCAUUAGUCCUCCUUUUGAAAUGCAUGCAACAAAUUAGUUUUCCCAGUCUUCAUUUCUUCACGAUUCCAAAUCACUCUGCCAACAUCAAUUUUAAAAACAUUUUAUAUCCUAAAAUAUGGCUCAGCCAACUUCUGGUAAUGAUUGCCUGCUUUG